AUGGCCUGGUGGACAUCGAGCUUGGAUUUGGAAAGCACCAAGAAGUAUAACCUGGCGGCGAGAUGGCUGCUUCGCCAAACAGGCAUGGUUCGUGCUAGAGGAGAAGAAUUUCUGCCUGAGGAACUGGUAUACCAGCCUGAGAUAGUGUGCAAGGAUCCUGAGACUGGUGAAGAUGUGAUUCUUACCCCAGCUGAUCCGUUGCAUGGCAUCAAGAAGCUGAUGAAGGCGCUGGAAGAGAUGAAUGGCAAGACAACCCUCGAUAAACGAGGGGAACUUAGAGGACAGUUCUACUUGGAGCUCAAAAGGCGGCCUGGGGAAAGGAUCUCUGAGUUCUGUACGAGGUUCAGAACCAUGGUUGCCGAUUUGAAGUCCGAGGGCGUGUCAUUGCUUUCUUCAGAGCUUGGCUGGUUCCUACGUUCGAAGCUGGGACUUGACCCUUUGAGGACCCAGCUCUUGGACACGGCUUUGGGAGGAUCCGAAGACUAUGAGGUCAUCGAGCGCGAGAUUCUCAGGUUGUUCAAGGAUCUUCAUAGCCAAGACCCUUUGGCGAGAAAGCAGUUUGGAGAUGGCCGACCGCCAUUGUUGCAGAAGUUCCUCAGCCAGCAGUCCAAUCCGAGCAGAGCUUCUUCCUAUGCUCCCUCAAUGGCGAGCACUGCACCAAGGUCUUUUAAGUCAAGUGCCUCUUCUACUUCUAGCAGAUUCAGCAGCCGACGUCCUUUUCCUCCUCCUCGUCAGGCCAUGGUUUCUGAGGUUGAAGAUGAUGUGGAUGGGGAUGAGGAGCAUGUGGACGAUGGACAAGAUCCUCAGUCGCUUGAAGAGCUGAUGCAGACUGAAGCUGAAGCUCUGGCUGCUGAGUUAGAUGCUGCUGCUGAAGAAGGUGUAGAUGAGGUGAUGUUGCAGGAGAUAGAGAGCUCAGUUGAGACAGCAGCUGAAGCCCUUCUCACCAUGAGGGAGGCCAAAACGCGUCUUCAAGAAGUGAAACGAGACCGUGGAUACAACAAGACAGAUGGGGGCGACAAGAAGGGCACCCUGGCGAAAAAGCAGUCGGGCAAACACCCAUGUUUCGAUUGCGGCCUCCAGGGGCACUGGGCUGGAGACCCUGAGUGUCAGAAGCCUGGCCAGGGACUAGGCCGUAAGCCAUCACCAAAGAAGGUCAAGCAGGUGAAGCUGGUUGAAUCGUUGAAUACAGAACACGUUGCUGAGGCCGAGGCGACAAUCCCGCCUGCAAAUGAGGUCUUGGCUGUCGCAUGCACCACGAGACCUGCUAUUUCUGACUCCUUGAUGCGUGCCUUGGAUGAUGCUGCAGUGGCCAAGGAGGUGAAUGCACUGGUCUCUGCAAAGCUGGCAUGUGACAAGCGAUUGGUGGGCGCUCUUGACUCUGCCUGCAAUCGCACUUGCACAGGACCUGAGUGGCUUAGUGGCUUUUUGGAUGGCCUGAAACAAGCCCCCCAAGAAAUUCAAGAUUUGGUGAUUUCCCGUCCUGAACGUGAAACAUUUCGUUUUGGAAACGGCGGCGCCCAAGUCAGCGUUGAAAGAUGGCGGCUACCUGCAGUGGUUGGUGGGACACUCAUUUGUUUUUGGACUUCUGUUGUACCUGUACCUUCCCUGGGGUUGCUGCUUGGUCGUGACUUCCUGGAAGCAGUUGGUGCCGACAUGAGUUUUUCCAGAAGAACUUUGAAGUGUGAAAGCUUGAACAUGGUCCCCAUAGCCCUGCGUCAACUCACCGCAGGUCACUACCUUUUGCAUCUCCUGCCAUCAUGCUGGCCAGGUGUGGUUUCUCAGAAGCGUUGGAAGCGUUUGGGAGUUGAUGGUGUUUUGGAGUUGCAGUUGUCGGCAAGUGAGUGGCUUCGCAAGCGUUUUGGUGGUCGGACCUGCAAUGCACAGACAGCGCAUGACCAUCUUCUUACGGAGCAUAGCUUGCAUGCUGGCCGAUUGGUUCUGGCUCAAAACCAACCAUGGCGUCGCAUGGUGCUGCGCCUGCGAGAAAGAAGCAUGUGGGCGGCAAAAGGCAUUCUGCUUUGGCUCGUGCAAAAGCGAUUCCUGCGCUUUUUGCCCUUGCCUUAUCCCUCAGUCACUUCGGUUCAGCAGUGGAAGGAACAGGCCAAAGACCAGGUUUUGGGUGGAAUUGUCCCCAAGAGUCACUUGCAGAAAGCGGACUUGGCCAACAAGUUCACCAUGGCCAACCUGGGCGAGUGCUGUCACCUUCGGAAUCGUUUGGGCAUUCAACUUUCCUUCAUCGAGGGCCCCAAGUUGGAGGGCAUGCUUGCUGGCCGAGCAGUCAAGGGUUUGAGUUCAAAGUUGAGAAAACAAGCGCAGAAGGAAGCCUUGGCAGAAGCUCAACGUGCCGACGAGAAAGGAGUUCGAGAGCAAGAGGCGAGAACCCUGAUAGGCCCCAAGGGCGGCCUGCCUUCUCUGAGAAGCGAUUUGCUUCGUUUGGCAGCUCUUUUGCACGUGGAGGUCGACGAGAAGGCGACAGUUCCCCAGCUCAAGGAGAAGGUCAAACCAAUGGUCGCAUUGCUGAAGGAGCAGCCUGCUCCCACAGUCAAGGCCUCGCCCAUGAAGGACAAGAGUCAUGGUGCCCGGCCGAAAACGAAUCCCAGGCAUGUGAGCUCUUUGUCAAUGAGUUCCAGCGAUCGACCACUGACUCUUCUGGCAGAACAACAGCGCCAGUUGGGCGUGAUGAUGGAAGGGCUUUCUCGCGAGCUGGUGGCACUUCGUCAAGAUGCAAAGAAGGGCAGCCAGACACAGGGCCAGAUGGAGGUGGACCAGGAUGCAGAGCUGAUUCCCGAGCUCACGGACGAGGAGAUCCGAGAGCUGAACUCCGAGGCCUAUGCAGAACUUUAUGCAGCCCGCCUGGCGGCCCAGUACGACGAGGCGGAACUGGUGGAUUUGACGGAAGAACAGGCUGACGAGUACAAGAUUGUGCAGACUUUGAAGAAGAAUCAAGCUCAGCUCAUUGCCGAGGCUUGGAAACGUCAUGAAGCUGACCGGUUGAAGGUUUCUCUUGGGCAGCAACAACUACGUGAGACCCUGGAGGUUCAGUUUGACAAUGAAAUGCGUGGCUUCAUGACUGACGAGACCUUUUUCCAAGCCGUGUCCUUUGUUCCUGAGCCGCAUGAAACUCUUGCGAAUGACUUGGUUUCAAAGAAUGUCAAGGUUAAACAGAAUGAGAAGCUGUUCGCCGUGGGCACAAAGUUGGAACACCCAUGUCGUUGGAAACCGGGGUGGGACUUUACUCGCUCUGACCAUCGAAGACGUGCCAAGCAGAAAAUCAUGGAAGAGAAGCCGUUCUGUCUUGUGCUGGCGUUUCCUUGCGGACCAUUCAGCCCGCUCCAGCACUUGAAUUCGGCAGGCAAGGCCACCUUGGGCGAUCGUCUUGAAAAAGGUCGUCAAUUGAUGAAGUUUGCCUUGGAGCUGGCAGAAAUUCAAGUUCGAGGCGGGCGGCAUUUCAUUUUGGAGAAUCCUUUACCAAGUGGAGCGUGGAAGGAGCUUGACAUGCAGAAGUUCCUUGAAGAGCAUCAGAUAGACACCGCUGUUUUCGAUCAAUGUCGAUUUGGUCUGAAGAGCUUGUUUGGCUUACCACAUCGGAAAGCCACUAGGGUUGCAAGUUCAAGCCCGGCAGUCAUCAAGUUGUUGGAUGGGAUCCGUUGCAUGCGCAACCAUUCUCAUGACCCAGUGAUUGGUGGCAGUCGGAUCACUGCUCGAGCCGGCAUCUACCCCUUGGCCUUGGCUAGGACUAUGGUGGAAGGUGUUGAAAAGCAGUUUGAUAUGGACUUUGGUGGCUCUGGUGAAGUUCUGGUGGGUGAGGCGGAGGGCGAUGAGGACGUCGACUUUGAAAAUCAUGGUGGUGCCUUUGCCAUCAAAGAUGACGAUGACAUGUCCGACGUCGAUGAGCAGACUGAGGAUGAUGCCAAGGUCCACAUUCCACAGUCCGUGAAACUGGCUGUGAAAAGGUUCCAUGAGAACACCGGGCAUAGAAGCAAUUUGCGGUUAGCCCGAGCCCUAGCCAUUGCUGGGGCACCGACAGAAGCCAUCGUGGCGGCGAAGCGGCACCAAUGUGCCAUUUGUGCUGAGCGUGCUCCUCCAAAGGCACGUCGACCAGCUACGCUGCCAACACCAAAAGAUAUGGGAGAUCAAGUGCACAUUGACUUGAUUGAGAUUGAAGACAAGAAGGAGAAGCGUUUCUAUGUUGUUCAUGCCACGGACUCUGCAACUCGUUUCCAAGCGGCCCAGGUCAUGGAAGACAAGUCAACGAAGAGUGUGAUCCACUUUUUGGCUACGAGAUGGCUCCCAACUUUUGGAGCUCCUCGAGUUCUAGUCUGUGACCAAGGCCGCGAAUUUGUGAGUUGGCAAAUGGAAGAAUGGGCUUCGUCUGUUUCGACGAUGUUGCACCACAUUGCAGUCCAGGCGCCGUGGCAAAAUGGUUUAGCCGAGAAGUCAGGUGGAGUUCUCAAGGCUGUCCUGUCUGCAGUGAUCGCAUCGCAGAGUGUUGUGGGAUUUCAUGAAAUGGAGUUAGCGCUUGUUGAAGCAGUCUAUGCUUGCAAUGCAGAUGUUGGAGAGUCUGGAGCCUCCCCUUUUCAGGCUGCAAUUGGAAGACAGCCACGAAUGAUUGGAGAUGUUCUUGGGGGCAUCCAGAACAGACUGGCUGAGCAUGGGCUUUUGACUUCCAAGCCCUCGUUAGCCAGACAGCUAGCGAUGCGAGAAACAGCAAAAGUAGCGAUGUGCCGUUUGCAUUUCAGCCGUGGACUUCGCAAGGCUGAGUUGGCACGUUCCAGAAGUUCGACAAUGGAAUCAGUCCCAACUCCUGGAACAAUAUGCUACUUUUAUCGUCCGUUGAGGUUCAACAACACGGCCUCAGCGAGCAAAAAGCGCUUGACUCUCAAGCGAUGGCAUGGUCCUGCUCUUUUGGUGGCAUUGGAAGGACAUGCUUCAGCAUUUUUGUCCUACAAGGGGCAAUUGACCAAGUGCGCACUUGAGCAUGUGCGCGUUGCAAGCACCAUGGAGCAGAUUGCGGCAGGUUCUUGGAAAGAUGCCAUUGAUGAAGCAGUUGCUGCAGCUCUUCAUGAUGCUGAACGAGCUGAUGAUGAUGUUCCACAAGAACCCACUGCUCCUGAGGUUGGUAAUCCACCUACACCUGCUUUCCUACCAACAUCCCAUGCACCUGCGACUCCUGCUGUGGACUUGGAUUUGGGGCAGGAUCUUCCACCAGUUCAACCGCAAGAGCUUGUUGGUGCCUUGACUCAGAGUGGAUUAGAUAGCAGUGUAGGUGAACCUGGAUCACGUCGAAUGAGUGACGUGGCGACACCUUCCUUGGCUGUGGCUGCAUCUGCCGCUUCGACUUCCAAGACCCCUCGUCGACUACCCUUGACUUCAGUCAUCGAGCGGGCCCAGCGGUUGGAUGCAGUUGGAACCAAGAGAGCAGCUGAAUUGGACUCUAGUGAGUUCAGAGACUCACAGGCGAGCGCUUUUGAGCAAGCUCCCCCUGUUGAAGAACCAAGUCAAACGGCUGAUGCUUUGGUGGUGUCAAAGGAGGAUAUCUUUGCCUCUCUGGGUGACCCUUCUGUGCACCCGUUGGUCCACAUCUACCAUGGGGCUUGCCUGGAUCGCAUGCGCCCUUUGGAAAGCCGCGUGAAUGAUCAUGGUUCUUGGCAUGGCAGAUGGCACUUACCCUCCAGAUCGGAGUGGGAGACUCGCAGCGGCCUUGGACUUUCGUGGCCGACUGGGAGCGAUGAUGUUGAAGAUAGCCAUGAAGCCUGUGCCGUUCAAGCUGCUCGCAAAGAAUACCAUUGGAAGAGCAUGAAUGAUGAGCAGAAGGUGAAGUUUCGUGAAGCUGCUGAGCAGGCCUGGUCUGUUUGGGCCGACAAUGAAGCUGUGGAAGUUUUGGAUGAAAAACAAUCAGCUCGCAUUCGCCAGCGACUCAAGGAGGACAAAGAAGUGGACUUCAAGGUGCUCACUCCACGCUAUGUCUUUACAGACAAGCAUGAGCCGCUGCGAACAGCUGACAAUCCUUUGGAGUUGAAAGCUCGAGCGCGCAUUGUGGUGCCUGGCUUUCGUGAUGUUCUUUCUUUUUCUAUUCGAAAGGACGCUCCAACAGCUUCUAGAAUCAGCCAACACAUGCUCCUCAUCAUGACAGCUAGUUACAAGAAGGCAAAGAAGGCUUGGCGGUUGCUUUCGGCUGAUGUGAAAAGCGCCUUUAUGAAAGGGGAUCCAUUUGCAGAAGGAUCCAGAGAACUCUAUAUGCAGAACAUGUCUGGCGCACAUGGUGAACCGCUGCUGCCUUUUCCAAGACAUUGCCUUGCUCGCAUUCGCAAAGGCGUUUUUGGCCUGUCUGAUGCACCGAGGUUGUGGUAUCUGAGGUUGCACAAGGAGGUCACUGCUAUGGGAUGGGAGCGCAGUAGCCUUGACCAUGCUUGUUGGAUGCUUUGGUCUGAGGACCGCAAAACUCUUCAUGGAAUUUUGCUGGCCCACGUUGAUGACCUCUUGCUUGGAGGUGACCAACGAGCUCAAGAGUCGCUGUUGUCUUUGGGCAAAUCCUUGGGUUUUGGAUCCAUUGAGUAUGACGAUUUUGUCUAUUGUGGCAAGCGCAUUCGUCAGCUUGAGGAUGGCACCAUCACCAUUUCGAUGGAAGAGUACCACCAGAACCUCAAGCCUACGAUUGUUCCUGCUCAUCGGCGUGCUACUCCCGAUGCUGAGCUGACCGAUGGUGAGCGUCGACAGCUGCGAGCAGUUCUUGGCUCUCUGCAGUGGCUUGUGGCACAGCUGAGGUUCGACCAAGGGUUUGUUCUAUCCAGUUUGCAAGGGGAGAAACCGAAAGUUCAGACACUCAUGAAGGCAAACCAAUUGUUGAAGAAGUUUAAACAACAUCCCAAGUUUGAACUAGUGUUUAAACCCCUGGACUUGGAUGGUGCUGGCAUCCUGGCCGUCACCGAUGCACCCUUGGGCAAUGUGACCAAAUCUGGCUGCGCUGAGGGUUCCUUGCUGGAGCGUGUCUAUUCGCAGAGCGCCUACUUCAUCCUUGUGGCUGACCGCAACCUGGUGGCUGGAAAGGAGGGAAAUUUCGGAGUGCUAGACGCUCGCUCUCACCGAAUCCCCAGGGUUUGCAGAUCCACUUUUGGCGCCGAGCUUCUUGGUGCUGAAGAAGGGCUUGACAAUGGGCAAUUCGCUCGUGGAUUGCUAGCAAUGAUGCUGGGCUAUCCGAUGGAAGGGCGCUACGCUGAUGGAGUCAUGGAUGCAGUGCCGCUUAUGCAGGUGACCGAUGCGAAGGACGUCCACGACAAGGGAUGUUCGGAUACUCCGACCUAUGGAUCUCAAAAGAGUUUGGCAUUCACCAUUGCAUGGAUGCGUUCUGUGUUCGCCAGACCGAACACCUGUCUCCGUUGGACUUCGACUGAGAACAUGUUUGUGGAUGCGGGUACCAAGGAGAUGGACGUGGAACACAUGCACAGGAUCUUGCAAAGUGGAACCUGGAGUGUGGAAUUCAAUCAGGACUUUGUGAAGCAGUCUGUAAAGAAGUCCAAACCGCGUGAUGCUGUAGCUGGAAAUUCAGUAGAGUUGGUAGGUGAACCUUUGAAUAGUUCCCAUCCUGUUUUUCCCUUUUUAGCUCAGCUUAGUGGUAGUCCUGGAUGGCAUUUGCGCGACACUCUAGUGAUCCAUGUGGCGAAGAGCGCAAAGUCGUUUCGGAUUCCGACUGCCAGAUUCAAGGCAGAAGAUUUUCCUUUGCGUUCCACAUAUGCACGUUUUGAUCUGAAGGAUGGCAGGUCUGAUUGGCGCAUCUUGGAGGAUGGCGUCGAAUUUCAAAGCUUGCAGAACAAGCAGGCACUUUUUGGCGGUGUGGCAUGCAUCCUGAUCAGCAUAUUCGGAUCUCUUGCCAAGAAAGAAGAAGAUCAGCUGAGAAUUGGCAGUGUUGGCAAGGAUGACACAUGA